GUGGAUCCAAACUUCAACUGGUCUACAAAAGAGCCUCAUAAAUACAGACCUUUCAAAAAAGGUGAAUAUAAAUUAGUCAUGGGUAUUAACAACAUCCCAAAUGAUGAAUGGUUUUUAGUGGAAAACACUUAUAAAUCAUAUACAGAUUUGAAAUUCAGCUAUGUCAAUAACCCUGAACUACAUGAUCAUGCCAUAUUCAUGACACAGGAUUGUAUCCCUUCAGUUAUUGAAUUUUAUAAAGAAUCUACAAGAUUCAUGCUUGAACGUUAUCCAAUGUGUUUUAGUGUCCGUGAUGGAUUGAUCCAUAACCAUAUCAGAGGUGAUACCAUACCUUUUAACCCCCUAGUGGAAAAGGAUCCAAAGGAGUUGUUGCAUCAUUUAUCAAGAUUCUUGGAGGAGGAUUUCAUAUUAUUAUUCCCAGAUCCUGAGAAUUACGAUACAGAUGAAUACAUCUUCAAAGGUGGUGUCUUUGCAUUCGCAGCUGGGUUUGACCCAGUAGAAAGGUUCCAAACUCCAUUAACCACAAUCCAUGGCCCCGUUCCUGAAUAUCGUACCAAAUUAAAACCACAAAUGAAUAAAUUUUUCGAAAAAUUGAAAAAAGGUACGAUCGUCAAGAGAAAUAACUGGUCAAUCCAAACUCAUAACAAGAUCUUUGUGAUUGGUGCAAAUAAAGGUGUUGAAGGUGAAGAGAUCAAAUCGUUAAACCCAGAUGAAUUGGAUUUUAAAAGACAAGUUUUCUUUAGAUCUGAAAGACAAACGUUGACAAGAUUGCCAAAGACUGGUACGAUUGUUUUCGGGAUAAGAACGUAUUUGACACCAAUUUGGGAUAUUAGAGAAGAAGGGCUUGGAGAUGAAUUGAUUGGUGGGAUUGAAGGUAUGCAAGAAACUAUUGGACAGUAUAAAAGAAGACCUGAAUGGGGUGAGCCGGUUGUUAAGUUCUUG